GCCUUCUGAUUACGUCACAAAUCGUCUUCCCAAGUGGUGUGCGUGUCUUCUGAGUGCAUACAGAACCACAUUGCCAACAUAUACCUUUGUGUAUGAGUUAAUCGGACACAUUGUAAAUCAUGUCUUUAAGGGUAGACAAUGAAAUCAAGAAAAAGGUCGAUACUUUCAGAGAACGGAUCACGGGUGAGGCUGAAGACUUGGUUGCCAACUUCUUCCCAAAGAAGUUGUUGGAACUUGAUGGUUUUUUGAAGGAGCCCGUAUUUAAUGUAGCAGACCUGAGAGACAUCCAUUCAGAGAUCAACUUCAAAGUGCCAGACCCAGUGGUCAUCACCAACAGCCACGAUGGACUGGAUCUGCAACAUGCCAAGAAGCGGAAACUAGAAGACGGAGCAGCAGACGAGAACUGCCAAGGGGGUACCAAGGUCUUUGUCAUGCCUGAGGGAAUGAUGAAAAGCAAUGGUCAGCUGGUCGACCUGAUAGAACGAGUCAAACCAGAGAUCAGAACGCUGAUUGAAAAAUGCAACACAGUCAAAAUGUGGGUCCAGCUGUUGAUUCCCAGAAUAGAGGAUGGGAAUAACUUUGGCGUGUCUAUCCAGGAAGAGACUGUUGCAGAGCUCAGAACUGUUGAAGGGGAGGCUGCUUCUUACCUGGACCAAAUAUCCAGAUAUUACAUCACCAGAGCAAAGCUUGUCUCCAAAAUUGCGAAGUACCCUCAUGUGGAGGACUAUAGACGCACAGUUUCAGAGAUUGAUGAGAAGGAGUACAUCAGCCUGAAGAUCAUUGUGUCAGAGCUGAGGAACCAAUAUGUGACUUUACACGACAUGAUCCUGAAGAACAUCGAGAAAAUCAAGAAGCCGCGAAGCUGCAACUCUGAGGCCCUGUACUAACCUUCCCUUGCCCAGACGGCCACAUUGACUAGAACUGGGACUUGUUCUUAAUAAAGUGGACUAUCAUCCCUCAUCCACAAUAAAGUGGACUAUCAUUCCUCACGCACAUUAAACUGCCAUGCAGCAGGACAGUUGACUUCCCUGGGCACAGACAGGCCCUGCAUCCCCAUCCCCUGCACACUUGACAUGAUUUGUAAUACCCUCCCCCCUAUCUAUAUGGUUUAAAAAGUAAGUACGGCAUUGGUGUCAGAGCUCCAGGCUAAUUCCACUCUUUGCCUCUUUAUGAGGGAGUGCACAAGUGCUUUAUCAGAUGGGAUGAAAAGAUAAGCCUCAAGUCUAGCUGAUCAAGUUCGCCAUUUCAGAAUUGUCUGGUGGCCCUACUCUGAGAGUAGGGCUACUCUACGACCCUCUACAGAAAUUUUCUUAAAUCCAUGUGUCUUUUUUCCAAUGGCCUGUAAGAGUGGUCGCAUAAGGUGAAUUAUUAUCCACCAACCAAGAAGAAUUGAACUGCAAACAUGACUCCCUACAAGAUGUGUGGGUGUCAGAUACGGUGGUUUCGGUUCUUGUUGUCUGUCCUCUUUACACAGGUAUUUUAUUUGUGUUUGUCACAAGUACUUUUAUGUCAUUGGUUUUAGGCAUCUGAAAUGCUCCAAGGUCAAGUGUGUGUGUGUGUGUGUUUUUUAGUUUUGACCGAUUGUGUUGUGCUAUCUUUUGGAUGUAAGGGGGGGGGGGGGGGGGGCACCAGACAAAGAAAACUCUGAUAUUUCAUAUCAGAUGGUGCAGUGUGAAGUCUUAUCUCCAUCUACCAAUUUUUGAUUUAAGGAUAAAUAUUUUACUUAAUAAAAGUAUUCUUUUGAGAA